UUCAUUAAUGUGGUGGUUGGCAGGGGUAAUAUAAAAGAGGUGGUUUGGUGGGAAGGUAAAGCCUGCACUCCUCCAUUCCAUAACCAAAAGAAAUUAAAGCAGUGGCUAAAGAAUCAGUAGAAGAAAAGAUGGAACGACUGGCGGUGGCAUUUCUGAUGGUCAUGCUGAUGAUUGGUGGUGAAGGAGUCGGAGGUGAUGUUUCUGGUGAAAAGGAGAAGGAUAGGAUCACAGAUCUCCCUGGGCUGCCGGCUGGUACCCGUCUAGGAUUUCAGCAAUACGCCGGUUAUGUGAGUCUAUUUGGAGGGAACCAGAUCUUCUACUAUCUGGUGGAGUACGAUGGGAGUUCAUCCUCGCCGGCCGAAGAAACUCCGCUCAUAAUGUGGUUUUCGGCAGGAAGAGUUUGUUCGUCGGUGGGCAGCGGUGGGAUGCUGGACGCAGGGCCUCUCCGAGUCCAGCGAGACGGCAGCCUCAAGCUCAACCCAUGGGCUCUUAACAAGGUUGCUAAUCUGCUGUUCGUGGAUUUCCCUGGCGGAGUUGGCUUCUCCACUGCUCGCAACUCCAGCGCCAGGCACAAGGAAGAUGUGGCAUGGGAUGCCGAUGGGUUUCUACAGCAAUGGACUAGUCGUUUCCCGGAGUACAAAGGGAGGAAGCUUUACCUCGCAGCUCACCUGGCCAUCAAACUGGUGCCUGGCGUUCUUCGCCCAAUUGCAGGCCUCAGACUUCAAGGACUACUGCGAGGAAACCCGCUAAUUGACCCGGAUACGUAUCUCAAGGGCUUUGCUGAGUUCGCCAGUGUGAAGGGAAUGAUAACCGACAAGUCCAAGAACCGCAUCCCGAAAACCACAUUAUGAGGGGAGUUUCUUCGGCCGGCGAGGAUGAACUCCCAUCGUACUCCACCAGAUAGUAGAAGACCUGGUUCCCUCGGAAUAGACUCACAUAACCGGCGUAUUGCUGAAAUCCUAGACGGGUACCAUCCGGCAGCCCAGGGAGAUCUGUGAUCCUAUCCUUCUCCUUUUCACCAGAAACAUCACCUCCGACUCCUUGACCAACAAUCAUCAGCAUGAGCGUCAGAAAUGCCACCGUCAGUCGCUCCAUAUUUUCUUCAACUGAUUGUUUUGCCACUACUUUCUUUUGGUUAUGGAAUGGAGAAGUGCAGGCUGGACCUUCCCACCAAACCCCUCUUUUAUAUUACCCCGGCCAACCACCACAUUAAUGCACUUCCAAGUUAAUUCAUCCGCUACUAAUUCAAUUCAUUAAAAAAAAACGCGUUUCAGA